UCCCCCUGGCCGCCAGCUGGGGGCGGGCGCGAGACCCGCCCGCCCCCGCUGCGCAGGGCCGGGAUCGGCUGUCAGUCUGGCAGCGGCGCACGCUGAUUGGACUGGAGGCCUCCGAGGAGCGGGGGCAGCAUGUUGGGAUGCGCGCUACUUAAAGUCCAGCUGCGUGAGCUAUUGACGUGUUUGGAGUUGGAGAUUGCCUGGUCGCUGGUAGAGUGGCACCCCGAGCCUUUGAAGCGUCAUUGCGUGCACCUAUACUCAAUUUCCUUCCUUUUUUUCGCCCCGUGCCCUUCUCGGCACCAUCGAAGGUUGAAGCAAGGUGUGUUUCCUGUGCCCGCCAUCCACCGUUAGACGGACUGGCAGCAUCGCGGAGGGCAGCAAGGACUCGGACUUUAUCUCUCCGGUUUCUCCGUUCGAGUUCCCCGCCUCCCUCCGGUAUGCCACCCUGUCUCUGCACCCUAGAAAUAGUAAGAAGACUGUUAGGAUGCCAAUGGUAACACGGAGACUGAGAGAUCCUGACACAAAUCCUUGCUUGUUGAUGGCAUUUCACCUCUUAAAUAGUGCCUAUUUUACAUAUUUAAGGAAUCUGAUGCUUCUGCCAGAUGUAUGGAUGAAAAUAACUAUGACAAGGAAAGAUGUUCCACUUACUUCUUGAGGUACAAAAACUGCCGGAAAUUCUGGAAUUCUGUCAUGAUGCAGAGAAGACAGAAUGGAGUAAAGCCACCUAUGCCUACAGCAGCAGAAAGAGAUGAAAUCUUGGGAGCAAUGGGAAAGAUGCCCUAUUGAAUGUUUGCAUUAAAAUUGUUUAUUUAACUUAAAAGCAGAUAAAUAUUUUUAAUAAAUGAUUACUGUAAUCUUUUAAGACCUUACAAUUUUUACCCAGAUAGAUCCUGUGUUCAAAAGGGGAAACAAAAUUCAGUGAACCCUGUGUCCUUUAUGUUUGCCCUCAAUGCCAUGAUGAUGGUGUGCCACUGCUGAAUGUCCUGUGUCAGAAUUUGUAUCAUGUCCUGGAGUUAAGGGAGUAUUAGGAAAGGCUACAUGAGGAGUUGGCCUUUUCCUCUGAGUCUCAAAAGAAAAGUAAGGUAUGAAUAAGUAAAGACUGAAUGGGGGUAAAAGGAAGGCAGUAUUUCAUGUGAGCAACAACAUGUUAGAAGGAAGGCUUGUGACAAAUUCAGGGAAUUGUCUGUCAGCUGUUCCACCUAGAGUUUAAGAUGGGUGGAGGAGUAAUGCCAGAGGAGACUGAGGGGGUGAGGGUAGAUGUGUGCUGGGCCUCAAAUCCAUCACUCAUUACUAAGAUCUCUUCCCUUCACUCAUCUUUGUUUAAAUUAGGUUAGUACAUCUACUCGAUGGGGAGCAGGGUGUGGAAAGGUUGCCUUAAGUCCGACAUGCAAAAACUGGUUUUCUUUUAAGUAAAGGCAUGGUUAAAGGAUUCUGUGACUAAAACCCACAAAUAUUAGAUAAACUUCUGAAGACAUAAUUGUCUUGAACUAUAGUAAUGUGGGGAAAAUGAUUCUAAGAGAAUGAUUCUAAAUGAUUCUAAGAAAAUCGUUUUUAGUAUCAGAUGGGCGUGGAAGUUGUAUGGGGUUCAUCAGGUGAACACAACACUGGAAUGAAAAUAGAGCUUACCUUCACUUGAUAUAAAAACAAUAUUCAGUAUGGUGACUGGGCUGGAUUGUGUAGCGCCAAUCCAUAUACACCACCUUUUAAAAUCCAGUUUGUUUCAUUUAAGGACUAAUUUUACAAAAGACAUUUAAUAAUAGAAAAACAACAAAGACAAAUAGUUUGUGUCCCUUUCAUUUGGUCCAUGAUCAUCAGAAGGAUAAUUUUAAUGGGGACAGACAACAAAGUAUUCAUCUCAUUGGUCUUAGUUCAAACCUCAGCUCAGAUGCAGUGAGAUACAGGACCUUGACUGUUAAAUGUGAUUCUUUCUGAAUAAAAUGUGAUUUCAUUUUGAGUAAAACUACUGGAAGUUCUGGAUUAUUUCAGAAAUUUUUGAUUUUUAUUCAUCACUCUAAAAAUGUUGGAUUAAAAAAACCUGACAA